AUGGCUUCUCCCCCUUACGCUACUUCCCCGUCAGGAAUGUCGCCUCCUUAUCCAUCACCCGCUCAAAUCCCCAACAAGAAGCGCUCUUCAGGUAUCGACGCCAACGCGCCUCCUCACAAGCGACGCAAACCAUCAACCCUCUCUCAAGCCUCCGUCGCAGCCGCAGCGGCCAACCAUCCUCUUCGUCAAACAUCGUUCCCCCCCGAAGCUCGAUCGCCUUACCCGCGCUCUCCCUCUGUAGACGCUCAGUCUCAUGUGAGCGGCAGCGCUGUCAGCACAACGGCUAGUGGAGCGCCCAAGAAAAAACGCGGUCGCAAGGCCAAAAAUGCAAAGCAGGAUGAUGCGAGUGAGGCGACGCCCAGUCUCGUUGGUGGGCGGGCUCCAACUGCUGUGGGCGGACAGGGUGGUGAUAAGGAAGAUGACGAUGAAGAUGAUGAAAAGGCUGAGAUGGCGUUGGAGGAUGUUGUUGCGCGAACUCAGGAGCAGAAGCAAGAGGAGAUUCGUCUACGAGCUAUGCUUGUCGAGGCAUUCGACUCUCAGCAGUACAACCGAUAUGAGCUCUGGCGCGCGGCCAAAUUAGCCGAUAGUGUCGUUAAACGAGUCGUCAACGCCACAGUCUCCCAAUCCGUGCCUCAAAAUGUCAGCACAGCCGUCAAAGCGGUAGCCAAGCUAUUUGCGGGAGAAAUCAUCGAAGCUGCGAGGAACGUUCAAGGCGAGUGGAUUCACGCGGGAGAGAAACAAAGCGAACUGCCUACGCCGCCACAGUCUACGAAUGACGACCCGGAUGCAGCUGAGGAGGAAGUCGAUCUCAAGCGCGGUCCGUUACGACCUGAUCAUCUACGCGAGGCCUGGCGACGCUAUCGAGUUUCGGGAGAGAGUCGAGGUGUGGGUGUGCAGCAGCUUUGGCAUGCGCAGCAAAACGAUGGCGUGGAUCGUUUCUCGACACGCACGGGGAAGCGACUCUUCAAGUGA